UGCUCUGUCCAAUGCCUAAACAGAAAAGACUGUUAACAAUUCAUUAUUAUUGCGCAGACACAGUAACAAUGGCUUGUCUGCUGCAAACUGUAAAUCAUCAAUCCAUGUUUAACAUUUUAUUUAUUUAGAUUGAAUUCAUAUAGAUACAUUCAAAUGCAUGCAUUUUAGAUAAGGUUUUACUUGUCAGCAAAUUCAUUGUAGAGCCAUUAAUUUGAUUUGCAUCAGAGCAACCUUCAUUUUGGUAACUAGCACAGUGGAACGUGUUGUGUGAGAGCAUUAGUCCACCCGGAACUUUUAAAGGAAUGAACGGUCCAUUUGUUUUCAUUCUUGUGCUGCACACAGUGCAAGAAUGACUUGCCGUGAAAAACACAUUUUCAGGUAACUGGAGUGUAAAUAACUAUGGAUGACGACGAGUUGCUGACCUUCCAGCAGCGCUGGAAAAAGGAAUUAGAGAAAAAGACUCAAGCUGAGAGCACUGGGUCGCAUAACUCUGGGGUACUCGGCGCUCAAUGCACUGUAACUCUAUCUAAAACUACUUAUUUUAAAGACAGUUGUAAAAGCCAUUUUCCAUUGGAGGAUGAAACGGGAAACUGUUCAAAUCUGUCUGGAAACGACAGUGCUAGUAGUUCAUACCAAGCUCGAGAGGUUAAAGACACAUCACCGUGCAAGUCUUUAGAGGAGCGUGCAGAGCAUCAACCACAAUAUGUGUCCAUAGCAGAAGGCUUAUUAGAUGGAAGGAGCAGUCCCUUGCUGGACAGAAUUCAAGAGGAGAGGACGCGAAGGAAAAGGCAGCACGGUCACGCGAACUUUCAUUCUAAUCAACAACCUCAGAAGAAAGUUAAUACUGGGAAAAAACUAGUCGAUCAGUUUAUACAAGACUUGAACGACAUUAAUGACAUUCCCUUCUUUGAUGUGGAACUGCCAUAUGAGUUGGCACUGAAGAUUUUCCAGUUUCUUGACCGAUGUGAGCUGGGAAGAUGCGCACAGGUAAGCAAAGCCUGGAAAGUGUUGGCAGAGGAUGAAGUGCUGUGGUACAAUCUGUGUCAGGAAGAGGGAUACCACAUCGAAGCGAACGUCUCUGACUCCCCCUGCUGGAAGAGUAGUCUGCGGGAUUGUCGGAGCACUGAUAAACUAGUGUGCUCCAACUGGAAGAAUCGUGUUGGAUCCAUCAGUCAUCUCCAGUUUGAGUUGGGAAAGAUUCUAUGUGAUGUCAGCUGCUGCAGUGGAUAUGUAUUUGCUGGGUACACCUCAGGUGGUGUCCGUCUGUGGGACACUCAGCACUGGGAUUCGGGGACGUCGUACUUUCGGCCGACCCACGCAAACACGGAUGUCACGGAUGCCCCUAAUCUACACAUCAGUCAUGUCCAAGUCAACAAGAUGGUGGCAGCCGCUGCAUUUGAAGAUGGAUCGGUGGAUGUAUGGAGCAUAGAGACUGGAUCCGAACCCAUCCACCACCUCCAGCACCUCCAGAGGGUCAACGCCCUGGUGCUGAGCCCAGACCACCCCAGCGUAGCCACUGCCUGUGGGGCAGACAUACGCGUGGACUCCCCGGACGACAAGGGCUACUGGAGGACCCUCUGCCUGACCCACCUGCCCAAACCUGUGGAUCACCUGAGUCUGGUGCCGGGCAGGCAGGCCUCUCUGCUGGCAGUGGCUUCAGCCAGUGAGAGCGUCUAUCUCCUGGAGCCUGGACAGGACCAGAAGGUCCUCCACUCUGUCUACGGCCAC